AUGCGAUCUGUUCCUCGGUCCGCCGCUGGCGUCGUGACCGACUCGGGUGAUAUUCUAGACCGAUCCGGCAGGUCUAUCGGAAAGCUUACCGAGUCUGGAGACGCUGGCCAGCUUGUGGGAAACGCAGUCACAUCUUCGGGAGAUAUCCUGGAUUCGUCCGGAAACGUUCUCGCCAAAGCUACUCUCAACGAGGACGAAGGAGAAUAUACAACCGAACCUACCCAGAAGGGCCUGGAGGGAGAGAAGGGCCUGGAGGGAGAGAAGGGCCUGGAGGGAGAGAAAGACCUGAAGGAGGAGAAAGACCUGACAGAAGAGAAAGACUUGAAGGAAGCAAAGGACCUAAAGGACGAAAAGCCUGGCGGUGGCGGCUGGGAUCUUAUGGGCAAGGGCAAAUCGGCCUACCAAACAGCCAGCACUCUCCAAAAGCCCGUUUCCCAAGGAAUGGACCUGGUUAGAGGGCUACAGAAACCCAGCGACGAUGAGCAGAGCUCACCCACUGAGUCCUCGUUCCAGAUGAGCCAAGGCGACAACAAACGGCGCCUGGAAGAGAUGGAGGGGCAAGAAAAACCACUCGAGAAAGAAACCGAAGGCCAAGAACAACAACUUGAAAAGGCCACUGGAAAGCAAGACGAAGCCCCCAUCUCGAUGGAAGAUAAAACGGAGGGUGUCAAAGAAGAGACGGGCAAAGAUUUAGGCAAGGACGUGGAUGUGCCGCCUCAGAAAGAAGAUCUGGAGACUCUCCAACCAGAUACCAAAGACCAGGAAGGUCAAGAUAAACUUCAGGAAGAGGUCCCUAAGCCAAUGGAAGACGAACUCAAGGGAACCAAAGUCAACAAGCUGGGCAAUCUCGUUAAUAAGGACGGCGAUAUUAUCGGACGUCUGAUUGAAGGUGACCCUAAGCAGCUUAUCGGCAAAAGAGCAGAUGAAGAGGGAAGAAUCUGGGAUGAUGCUGGCAAAGUUAUUGGCAGAGCCGAGCCAUUGCCCGACCGCGGCGACGAAAAGGAGUUUGCCCCAUUCGAAAACUUCCCCGAUGCCGUCGUGGAGGCGGAUGGUCGUGUCAUGUUCAACGGCCAACAAGUAGGCGUUGUCAUUGAGGGUGACCCAAAGCGUAUUAAGGGCAGCCACGUCGACGAGGAUGGCGAUAUCUUAGACCGGCGAGGUAAUGUUAUUGGUAAGGCAGAGGCCUGGGAUAAGCCCGAGGCUGAGCCUGAAGCUGCCGUUGAUAAAUCUGCGCUUGCAGGUACCAAAGUCAACAAGAUGGGUAAUCUCGUUAAUAAGCACGGCGAUAUUAUCGGACGUCUGGUUGAAGGUGACCCUAAGCAGCUUAUCGGCAAAAGAGCAGAUGAAGAGGGAAAUAUCUGGGAUGACGCUGGUAAAAUUAUUGGCAAAGCUGAGCUAUUAUCCUUCGAGGAGCGCGGCGAUGAAAAGGACUUUGCCCCCUUCGAAAAUUUCCCCGAUGCUGUCGUGGAGGCGGAUGGUCGUGUCAUGUUCAACGGCCAACAAGUAGGCGUCGUUAUUGAGGGUGACCCAAAGCAUCUCAAGGGCAGCCAUGUCGACGAAGAUGGCGAUAUUUUAGACCGGCGAGGCAACGUUGUUGGCAAGGCAGAGGCCUGGAAUGAGCCCGAGGCUGAGCCCGAGGCUGUCGUUGACAAGUCUUCGCUUGCAGGCAAGAGAGUCAACAAGGCUGGCAACGUUGUCGACGGAUCGGGAGCCAUCUGGGGCAGAGUCGUCGAGGGCAAUGUCAAGGCCUUGGUGGGACGCAUGUGCGAUAAAAAUGGCAACGUCCUGAGCGAGUCUGGAGAUAUAAUUGGCAAGGCCGACAUUGUCGGAGAAGGUGAACGAGAGGGUAUGAAGGAGGGACCAUUUGCUGAACUCUCUGGCUGCACCGUCGCCAAGGACGGCACAGUUGUUACGCCGUCGGGUGAUGUCGUGGGAAGACUUACUGAAGGAGAUCCCAAGAAGUUGUUUGGUCGUACUGUUGACGAAGAUGGCGACGUUGUCGACAGCAACGGAAAUGUCUUGGGCAAGGCUGAGCGCUGGCAGGAGGAAGAGGUGGAGAGGAAGAAGGCCCCCUAUGCUGGCCGCAAGGUGAACCGUGAGGGCAAUGUCCUCGAUGAAGAAGGAAACCUCAUUGCGAAACUCGUCAGUGGCGACAUUGCCGCCUGUUCUGGCAAGGAGGUUGACGAAGAUGGUGAUGUGAUCAACUACAAGGGCGACACUGUUGGACAUGUCGCUCUCCUCGAAGACAUUCCUAAAGAAACCGAGGAAGACAUCAAGAAGCGUGAAGAGGCUGAAAGUGAUCGCAAGCUGGCUGCGAAGCUGGCUGGCUGUAUCGAGCAGUCUCUUGAUAAGAUCCGCCCCAUCUGCAAGAUGAUUACGGAUAAGAUUAACACAGCUGAGAGAACACCCAAGGAGGAGCUUGAUGAAGAGCAGUUGGUCAGAGAGGUAAAGCCCUUGAUUGAAGAGGGAGGUAAGAUCUUGACCGAGACCAACGGCACCAUCCGCGGGCUUGAUCCCGAUGGGCGCAUCCAGCGGAAUGCAAAGCAUAAGGCGGGCACCAAGGAGGCAACGCCAGAGGAGUAUCAUCUGGCAGAUGUGCUUAAGGAGCUCACUGGCACUAUAACCCAGACUAUCGACAACGCAAAGAGCAAGAUUGAGGGUAUGCCACACGCAAAGAAGGAGCUCAAUCCGCUCUGGGGUCUCUUGUCGGAGCCGUUGUUCCAAAUCAUUGCUGCCGUUGGAUUGCUGUUGAACGGCGUCCUGGGCCUCGUAGGUAAACUGCUGAGCGGCCUCGGUCUCGGCGGAUUGGUCGACAAUCUCCUCGGAACGCUUGGAUUGAACAAGGUGCUCGACAGCCUUGGACUUGGCAUGGUCACCGACGCCUUGACUGGCAAGGGUGACAAGAAGAAGAAAUAA